CCCAAAGCAAUAAAUAAGCUAACCCUUAAGCCUAUAAAUUUAUCAUACUUAGCAUAAGAUCUUGGAAAUCUCAUACCAAAAGAAAUGGUGAGGGAUCGUCUACAUGUAGUGAUGCUUCCAUUUUCUGCCUUUGGCCAUAUGAUACCCUUUUUUCAGCUCUCCAUUGCUUUAGCCAAAGCAGGAGUCCAUGUUUCCUAUGUGUCAACCCCAAGAAACAUUCAAAGACUUCCCAAAAUUCCUCCAAAUUUAGCAACUUUUAUAGAUUUGGUGGAGUUUCCAUUACCCACAUUGCAAAACGGGGUCCUGACAGAAGGGGCUGAGGCCACCACUGACUUUCCACAAGAGAAAGUUGAGUACUUAAAGGUUGCAUUUGAUCUCCUGCAAACUCCCUUCAAGCAGUUCAUUGCAGAUCAAUUGCCAGAUUGGAUAAUAAUAGAUUUUUCCCCUCAUUGGGCAGUCGAGAUUGCCCAAGACCAUAAUAUCAGGCUUGUGUUCUUCACUGUUAUGUCUGCUGCUACCUCAGUUUUCUUGGGGAAGCCACCAGGAUUUUUUUUUCUCUCUGACCAAACACCAGCUUGGCAGUCACCAGAAAGUCUAACAAAGCCACCGGAGUGGGUUAAUUUUCCGUCUUCUGUAGGAUGGCGGGAGUAUGAGGCGCCUUUUGUACUUUCUGGCAUAUACGCAGACGGUGUUUCUGGCAUGAGUGAUGCUGCUAGGCUUACAAAGGUUCUACGUUCAUGUAAUGCAUUCGCCAUACGUAGUUGUAAGGAGUUUGAAGGUGAGUACUUGAAUUUACACGAGAAAUUGAUGGCGAAGCCGGUGAUUUCAGUGGGUUUGCUCCCUCCUGAAAGACCAGAUGGAACAUCAAAAAUCAAUGACGAGUCUUGGAGGAAGAUCUUCGAAUGGCUUGAUAAACAAUAUCAUAAGUCAGUUGUGUAUGUAGGGUUUGGCAGUGAGUGCAAGCUGAGCAAGGAACAGGUUUAUGAGAUUGCUUAUGGGCUAGAGCUUUCUCAGGUGCCUUUUCUAUGGGCACUGAGAAAACCCACUUGGGCUAUUCAUGACAGUGACAUUUUGCCUUUGGGUUUUAGCAAUCGAACAUCUAGCUUGGGAAUGGUGUGUUUUGGCUGGGCACCGCAAAUGGAAAUUUUGGCUCACCCAUCUAUUGGGGGGUCGUUGUUCCAUUCAGGGUGGGGAUCUGUGAUUGAGAUGUUGCAAUUUGGUCAUUCUCUUGUUGUAUUGCCGCUAGUUUAUGAUCAGUCUCUGAAUGCAAGUCUUUUGGUGGAUAAGCAUUUGGCUGUGGAAGUAGAGAGAGGCAAGGACGGAUCCUUUAACAGGGAUGGUAUAGCUAAAGCUCUGAGACUGGCCAUGGUGUCAGAUGAAGGAGAGGUAUUCAGAGUUCGUGCAAGGGAGGCCGCUGCUAUAUUUGGAGAUGAGAAUCUGCAUCAGCAACACUACAUUGGUCAGUUUGUUGAGUAUUUGAAACAUGGGUCACACAACAUAGAGUGAUUAUCAUUCGUGUCAAAAAGACGAGGUUUCUGACCUUUCAAAUGUGCCAGUAGCAAUACUAAUGAAUAAGCAAAAUCCUCUUAGAUUUUGGAGUUCAAAUAA